AUGGCGCCGUUUGCGAAGGGAUUUGUGCGACCUCGGAGCCGCAAGAUGCGGGCACUCAUCUCAGUGGGCGAGUCAGUUGCUCCCCCUGAUCCCCGAAGGCGGCCGCUGCCCUCUCUGUUGGAUCCUCCGCCAUUUGCUGCGCCUUUGAAGAAGGGCAUCCCUCAGCUGGAGCUUCAGUUCGACACACUCAACACGAUCGUAACAGGAUUUCGGAAGUAUCAACCGCCUCCAGAAAAGCUGCCCCCCUUGCGCCGGGAGUAUACAGAAAAGAAUUUCAACGAACUCUUUGCCAAGUGUAGAUUUGAGCUCCAUGGAUCCUUUCCGUACAAUGGGGAUAAGCUUAGGGACGAAAUACUGCGGAUUGCAAAGGAUCUGCAUAUCGUCGGAUGGGUCAAGUGCAGGUCCAAUUUCGCCAGUGGCCAUCUGCAAGGCGACACGUUUGCCCUUUCCUACUUCCGACGCUGGCUGGACCGCCAUGCGCCGUAUGCGAUUGACUCCACGAAUUUCUUCGACGAAGCGAUUGGCUUGCAAGCGCUGGAUUACCAGCAAAUCGCGGCAGUCAAUGACUACCGCAGCCCCGCUAAAAAGAAGCUGCAUAUGCUGAUGGCUGCGGAGAAACAAAAGGCUCUCAAACUCGAGAGGGAUAGCCAGCAGCGCGCAGCCGCCUAUCAAAGAUACAUCGACGAAUGCUGCGUUCGAAAUUACUAG